CUCAAAGCAUAAAGAGCAAUGAGAAGUGUUCUAGACAUUAAACUCAGAAGGCUGGGUGCCAUUCUGCGUUUCAUAUCCAACUUUCUGCAUGGUCUCGCACUUAGCAGCCUGAGGGGCCUUCCGGUCCUCGGUUCUUUGCUUAUACCUAUUAAUAAGUUCCUGGAUAUUAAUCCUCCUGGUCGCUGGCUUGACUGCAUAUUCUGGAACAGGCUAUGUCAUAUUAGGAUUACAUCAGAACGUAAAGGAAAAUUUCAUAUUUUUACUUUCUUUAGGAUAAUUUUAGUGAUACUAAUAAGUAAAAAUUUGCUCAAAUUCCAUAAUUUUUUAUACCGACAUUGAGAAGAAAUUUGGUAUCCAGGAUGAUAUCUGAAGCUUAGAGCAUCAUAAUGGAGGUUUUAUGCGAAAUUAGUGCUGUAUAAUUUAUAUUGAGUUUUACAACUAAUCUAUGAACCAUAAUGCGAAGUUUUUAAUUUCUUAAAAAUUAUUCGUUGUUAGAAUCUCAGGUCAGAAGACAUUUCCUUUGCAAGUGUUGUUUUUAAAUUAUGUUAAAUCAGUUUUGAAGGGACAGUCUUUGUAGGUUAAGAGCUAUGCGCAAAUCUGGGAUAUGAAUACAACCUCUAUUUAGGUUUUAUAAACUACUUAUGGAUGACCAGCCUUUAGAAUGUAAGUUAAAAGUGAUGGAAUCCGAGUUUAUAAACUUACAAGUUUCUCCUUAAAAUGCUCUCUAUGCUUCGGCAUUAUGCUUAUGCCAUUUUUCUUAACUUUCUCCGUUUUUGAUGGUGAAGUUGGCUCUAUUGACGAGAGUUUUAUCUUGAUUCAUAGCAGAAGUCAGCCUAGUAGAGUAAUCACUCAGAUAGCCCAUAAGAUCAAUAAGCUUGUAAUUCUCAUUUAGUAAAUGAUUUCGGAACUUUG